AUGGCGCCGCCGGUGCGGCCUCGACACGCGAAGCCCAAGCCGAGGAGACAGCAGCCCGAGUCGGAGGUGACACGUCUACCGUACCUAAUCGACGCGGCUCUGAGACUACGCGGCAGUCUUCAGUAUGGCGAGCCAGGGACUUGGGCGCCGCCUAUGAGCACGGAGGAGCGCCAGGAGAGCGAGCAACAGUCUUAUACACCGACACUACCGGCGCUGGAUGAGCGCGUGCUGAUUCUCUAUCAUUCGUCGCUUAAACGUGCGUGGAAACAGCAGCAGCAGCAAUCGGAGCUUGAUGUGCCGGCAUCGGUAUUGACCCACUAUGGCCAUGAAGCCAUUUACGCAGCUACGCAGAUCCAAAAGAUUUUCCGUGGCGUGGCCGCUCGAAACGAGUGGCGAGCGUUUUACUGCUUGCGGAACCAGCAUGCGGCUUCGCGCAUUCAAUUCGCAUUUCGGCGAGUGGUUGUGUACCGGAAAGUACUUGCGCGGCUGGAUAGGAAGAGGAACAACCGAGCGACUCAAAUCCAGGCUUGGUAUCGGGGCCAUCGGUGUCGCGAUCAGUUGUGGUACCAGCACAUUCGAGUUAUGAACCAGAGAAUUACAAACUUCCAGCGGUAUAUUCGCGGUCGUCGUUUGUGGCGCAUUGUAAUGGCAAUUCUGCAUAAGAGGCGUUGUGACGUGGCCACCGAGAUCCAACGCUGCUACCGAGGGUGGAAAGGUAGACAGCGCGCCGUGGCCGUUCGAUUUGAACGAAGUCGACACGUCCGAGAACUUGUUCGUCAAAGUGAAAUUCACAGGAAGCGCUUGAGGUGCAAAGGAUGUGAACUAGAGAGUUGUUCAGAAGAUUCGCUAUUCGCGUGCUUCAUGGUGCGAUACGUGGGUCUGCACGAUUUCAAAGGAGCGCGGACACUUGGCGAAGAUGGGUUACGGCUUUUUCCAAUGUCGUCAAAGUUUCAUUUCUUCUACUCAGUGCUACUGCAAGCCAUGUGCGAAGAUUGCGAAAUCUCAAUGACAUUUCUGAAGCGAGCGAAAGAAUUAGGGGUUAGAAACGAAGAAAUCGCCGAGAGCGGAACACGAUUUUUCCAGCCUGCACAAUUAUUGCGCCCAACGGAUGCACAGGCAUUCCUGGAUUUGGCUAUUUUGUGUCAAAGCAACGACCAACUCUCUCGAGCCGAAGCAAAUUACGCAAAAGCGCUAGCUCAGUCACCCCAGGAAUAUGCCAUUCCUGGCUACCUUCAUCGUGUUCAUAUGGUUGACCGCUUGCUUCUCAACUAUCAUCGGUUUUGCUCCAUCUUCAAUUUUCGACAAGUGAAUGUCCUGCUAAAGGAGGUGUUCACUUCCAAGAAGGGUAAAAAGGUUCGUUUGAUGGUAUCAAAACUGAACCAUUACACGGUAAUCACUCCUAUGGACGACCCGAAGUUGUGCCUAAUAAACGCUCUCUACCUGACCGACGAAGAACUUUAUCAACAGGAGUUCGUCGGGCUGAAUGUGAAGCCAAGCGACCUCGCUCAAUUUUCCGAAACGAGGUCGAAGUUACGACUGACCAAGCCAACCGCUGAAAUUCUCCUAAACGCGGUAGUAUUUAAAAUUAUGUUGAUCCCUUCUAUACUGAAGACUAGGCAGCAGCUUCGAAGUGCCAUCGCUCGCUCACGGGCAGCUAUAGAUGUUCAAAGAGUAUAUCGUGGAUUCCAGUUGCGUGCUGUAAUUCGGCGAGAGAAGCUCCUUGAUGACAUUAGGCAGCAACAAGCAGAUGCCAUGCAUCGCCGUCUUCACGUGAACUAUCUUUUACGAGAGCUGAGACGUACUAGUGCUGAAGCAAUCCAGCGCAUAUACAAGGGAUACGCUUUCCGACAGCUUCAUCGUCGAUGGCAAGUGCAAGCAGGUGUAAUUCAACGAAUCUUCCGCGGGUACCGAGGACGAUUACGGGCUGCAGCAUUUCGUGAGGGAAGCUGUACGUUAUACAUGGCACAGCGAGUCUUCCAGCGUGGCGUGAAUAUUAGUGGUCGAAGUGUCAUGCUGAUCAUUGAAAAGUGUGGGCUUUCAUUUCGGCUGGACGGGUAUGACUUGGAAUCUUGCGUUACGUACCACGGUUUUUUCUCGCACUCAUGCUCAAUGGCUUUGCUUUGCUAUCUCAACUGGACCUACGGUGAAACGUUGUGCGACCGAGAGUUCACUCGCAAGGGUGAGAAGGUCUCAAUUCGCAGCGUAUCAUCAGUCAAUCGCUUGACGGGGGAGUGUUUUGUCGACUGCGUUGGGGUCCAGUCAACCGAGUUCACGAUUCCGCUUGCAGAUUGCAUUCAAGCGAUAAACUUGCGCAGCUUCGGCGCUGGAGAUAAGGACCCCCCGAUGUUGCAGUUGCCGAUGACAAUUGACGAUACUGUUCGGUUCGUUGAUGCUAUGGCGAGCCGCGUGAUCCUAGUCCCAGCGCUUCGGAUGGCUACAGCAGAGCUCAAGGCCAAAGCGCCCGCUGGUUUCACCAUUUCAGUCCAACCACCGCCCAAAAUGCACUUCACAUUCCGACAAAAAUCAACCCUCAGUGGUAAGCAUCCAUUUCCCUGCGCACCAAUCAAGUCUGCGCUUCAGUUUGCGUUCCCUGUCACGAAUGGACUUCGAGGUGUUAGCAUCGGGACGAAAAACUUUCGGAAGAAGUGCUCACGACACGCAGUCCAGUUUACGCGAUGCCGUUGUAUCUUGCCGAUCGUGUCGACAUCCGCACACAUCGAAGCCAUUAGUCGAGCGCUUGCCUCUCCAUCACCACCUUCGUAG